AUGAUAUCAAAACUUAGAUACAAGGUUUUUUUCAAAGAUAACCACAAAAUUCAUCUGAUUACUACUAGAUCCGAUUUAAAAGUGAACCAAACUGCUGAAAUGGGUGACACUAUUGAUGUUAGAUCAAAACCUUCUAAUGUUGAAGCGAUAAACAGACAUAUUAGCGUCUUGUCUCAAGAAGAUCGACUUAGAUUUUAUCAAUAUUCAAAUAAUAUAGUUAUGGAAAAUUUAUUAAAAGAAGGUUAUAAAGACCUUGAACCAUUUAAUUAUAAUAAUGCUGAAAAAUAUAAAAUUGCAAUUGAUUAUAUAUUGGAAUUAUUAGAUGGAAUUAAAAAUUUAUUACCACUGAAAAAUGAUUAUAAACUUUCCAAAAAAGAUUUUACAGAUAUUGAUAUACCUCAAUUAUUCUUCUCCCACGAUCCUGAAGAAUGUAUUGAAGAAAUUGGAAUAGUUGAUAAAAUAUUAUUAGACGCAUUUGGACGUCCUGAUAAAAUAAGUCUACGUCAUGUACGUGACUAUUUACCUUUAAAUUCAAACGAUGAAUCAAGACAAAAAAAUAGAUUAAGAUUUCAUGAUAUUAUUAAUUUUGUAAAUUCAGAAUAUUAUAAAAAUCCUCAUGUAUCAAUUAUGAGAUAUUUUAAAAAUUAUUAUGAAUUACACAAACGUCCUAUGCUGAUUAUGGAAUUUUUAAGAUUAGAUUCUAAUUACAAACAAAAAUUUAACAGUUCAAAUAAUGGAUUUGAAAAAUUUUUAUCAAAAUUUAAUAAUACUCCUAUUUUUUUAUAUCAUUUUAGAAUUAUGGUACAUGAAGGAUUAAGUGAAUGUUUUUGUAAAACUUUAUCAAUGAUUUAUGAAGAAGAAUUUAAACCAUUAAAUGAUGAAGAAAAAGAUAAAUGGGAAUUUCCAGAAUUUAAUGUGAUUGUGUAUAAAUUUAAUUAUUGUACUCCUGGUUUUAAAGAAGAAUGGAGAAAGAUUAACUUACCUUUACCUACAAUGAGUAAUUCAGAAGAUGAAGAAAAUAAUGAAAAUUAUGAUAAUAAUUAUAAUCCUGAAAGAAUUGGUAAUAAUAAUAGAGUAACUAAACCUAUUAAUAUAGCUAAAAGAAAAUUUUUAGAAAGACAAGCAAGAAGAAGACAAAGAGCAAUUGAUAAUUAA